CACUUUUAACUGUUAAGCAGCGAAUGAAAAUGCAACACUUUUGUGAGCAAUAUUACGGUUCGUUAUGUCAAGAGGAGGGUGCCAUAUCGACAGCAGACAACGCCAGCACCGCAGACCGUUGGCAACAGAUCAAGAAUGAUAUGUCGGCGUCGCCGUGGCCGCCUUCACCGCCGUCUGCGCAGACCAUCUUAAUGGAGGAACUAACAGCAGCCCUACAACCCCAUCUGCUUUCGCGUACACAGAUGUGGGAGCUUGGUUACCCCGUAGAAAUCGAGCCAAACUCUACAAAAGCUGUGAUGUACAUGAAUGCGCCGCCGCCACGACCUACAAUAUUCACCUCCUGGAAUGUGAAUGCGCCUGAAUUUAUACCUGGUUCGGAAACUAACAGUGGCGUAAUUUCAACGGGAUCUACUCCGCGCUUGGACAGUGAAAAAGCAACUGAAGAAGUGGAACAUUUAUGUGUUCGCUGUCGUAAAGUGUUUCAUAUGACCCGUGACGGUGAAUAUUUAACCCAGGGCUUCUGCUCCUAUCAUUGGGGUCGUGCAGCGGAUGGAUAUUACGCUUGCUGCAACGAAGGUUUUGGUUCCAAAGGUUGCGCUUUAAGCAUUUUUCAUGUAUGGAACGGAACUAAUCCUGGUAUGAAUGGACCACUCGAAGGAUAUGUUCGGCCACGCUCGCACCGCGGAGGGGUGUAUGCAAUAGACACAGAGAUGUGUUAUACAACCGCAGGACUGGAGUUAGCUAGUGUGGCGGUCGUAGAUGUAAAUGGCCAACUUGUGUACCAAACUUAUGUGAGACCAAGUUCGUCUAUACUGUGUUAUAACACUAGAUUCUCGGGCAUCAGGCCGCGCAACUUGCAGCACGCGACCAAGACACUGCGAGAUGUACAGAAUGAUCUUCUUGAAUUUGUUGGCACGGAUACGAUAUUGGUUGGACAUGCCCUGGAGAAUGAUUUCAAAGUGUUGAAAUUAUUGCAUACAGCAGUCGUUGAUACCUGUGCGAUGUAUCCCCAUGCUAGAGGAUUGCCGAUGCGUCGCUCUCUGCGUGUUCUUUCUGAAGAAUAUUUGGGACGAAAAAUACAGCAAAGCAGUGCGGGCCAUUCCGCUUUAGAAGAUGCUCGUGCAGUUAUGGAUUUAAUAUUGCUGAAAGUGAAAGAAGACCGAGCGUUCACUGAGCACCAUCUGAUCUCGAAUCAGUUACAUGAGUUCCAACCAUAUACACCGUACCUUUUAGUCAGUGUCGCCUAA